ACACAUCUCCUCCAACAAGGCCACGCCUCUUAAUCCUUCCUAAACAGUUUCACUACCUACGGACCAAGCAUACAAACAUGGGCUAUGAGGGCUCUUCCCAUUCAAUCCAUCACAAGGGGCAACUGAAAGAUGUGGGGCGGAAGUGAUAGUCAGUAGCCAGGCACACCAAUGGCAGAGGGAGAGUGGUCAGUUCUGCACCGUCCUUGAGACAGUGAGGACCCUGUGGUCACCUAGAGCCCCUCCCUCCAUGAUCCUGGUGGCACCACAGGGCUGAUGACGAGAAGACAGGAAAUGGCUCCUUCCCAAGCAGCCAGAGUGUCCAUCACCCUGCCCUGUAGGAGGGGCUUCUGGGAGGCUGGAGGGAGCCAGUCCGUGCCUGCCUGGAGUACUAAUCAGGCAAAGCCACUCCAGUGACCUCAUUCAAGCUGAUGAUUGUCCCAUCAGGUCAGACACAUAGUGAAUGAAAGGACAAAAUGUUCCCCACAAAGCAAAUGCAUUAACACGUACAAAGGAGGGGCAGGGUGGAUGCAGGGUGCUGUGCUGAGUUGGCGUCUGGAGCCUCAUAGGGCUUGGGGGAGGGGGGGAGCAAGCCCCAGCACGGAGCCAGCUGCCCCAUGUUCCUUGAGUUUGCCGGGAGUGGAACCCCAGCUAUUCAUGGGUGAUUUCCCAGGGGCACCCACUGACUCCAGCCUCCCUCUCAGGACAUCCAGAAGCAAGGAUACUUGCUGCCAUGAGAGCCCCGGUUCCUCAAACCUGGGAUUUUUCAGCAUGACCUGGCCUGGAAAAUAAGGCUGGGGGACAGAGGAGAGGAGCAAAGGCUUCUGGGACCCUCAGCCACUCCGUGUGGCAAGGGAUGCAGUGGCGAAUGGGGUGGGAUGGUGUGGGUCCAUACCCAUUUUCGCAGGGUAGAUAGCUCUGUACAGAGUUCCUAACACAGCCCACAGCCCAAGAACCCUGAGCAGGGCUGGCCGGCUUCUGGAAGGAUUCCCACAGAGGCGGCCAGCUCCUCGUCCUGACUUUCUUCCUCCUCUAAGCUAAGGGAAAGGGGGGCAAGUCACGAGUGAAUGGCCAGGGACAAGGCAGCUCUGUCCUCCCCACAUUGGCUCCUCUGCUCUGCCCUGCAUACCAGACCCUUCCCAGCCGGGGCCCCCGGAAGUCUCCUCCCCACAGGGCUCCUUGCGGCCAACGGCCGGGCCCUGGACACUGGGGAAGAGUUUAUCCUCCAAGGAAGACAUCAGGGAGAGGGAUCUGGUGCCCUGACGUCCUGGGAUGCAGCUGCUGAAGGCAGGCCGGCACUGUGAGAGUCUGAGUGGCCCUGAGGGAGACCCCCACUCAGGAGCUAGACCCAAGAGGACACAGAGGCUGAGCGCUGAGACCUGGGACCUGCUACGGCUCCCCCUGGACCGGGAGCAAAAUGGAGACACCCACCACACAGGGGACUGGAGGGGACCAGGCAGGGACUUGCUCCCCCUCCCCAUGAGGAGCAGGAAGUACCAGGAAGGGGCAGAUGCCACCGAGAGGCGACCUCGGGAGGGCAGCCACUCUCCACUGGACAGCGCUGACGUAAGGGUGCAGGUGCCUCGUACGGGUAUUCCCAGAGCCCCAUCUUCUGACGAGGAGUGCUUCUUCGACCUGCUGAGUAAGUUCCAGAGCAGUCGCAUGGAUGACCAGCGUUGCCCCCUGGAGGAAGGCCAGGCAGGGGCCGCCGAGGCCACAGCUGCCCCAACCCUGGAGGAGAGGGCAGCCCAGCCCUCCGUGACAGCUUCACCACAGACUGAGGAGUUCUUUGACCUCAUUGCCAGCUCUCAGAGCCGCCGGCUGGAUGACCAGAGGGCUAGCGUGGGCAGCCUGCCUGGGCUACGCAUCACCCUCAACAAUGUGGGGCACCUCCGAGGCGACGGGGACCCUCAGGAGCCAGGGGAUGAGUUUUUCAACAUGCUUAUCAAGUACCAGUCCUCCAGGAUUGAUGACCAGCGCUGCCCACCGCCUGACGUGCUGCCCCGAGGCCCCACCAUGCCUGACGAGGAUUUCUUCAGCCUUAUCCAGAGAGUGCAGGCCAAGCGGAUGGAUGAGCAGCGUGUGGACCUUGCUGGGAGCCCGGAGCAGGAGGCCAGUGGGCUGCAUGAACCUCGGCAGCCCUGUCCACCAGGUGCCAGCUAAGGCCUCAGCCCUCCAGCCAGGCAUGCCCUGCCCCGGACUCUGGGGAUUCAGUUGUCCGCAGUGGCCGUGACCCCUUGAUAAGCCAAAUCUUCCCUAGGCCAUGAUGGAGAGCCAGCUCAGCCCCCGACCCCCUUCCCACUGAGCCAGAUGGUGGGCACCCAGCCCUCAAGGAACCCCCGCCCCAGGGUGCUGGGCUCAGGCUAGAGCUGCUGUAUGGGGGAGGGCAUGCUUCUGUCCCCAUGUGGCCCCUAGCUUCCCGCAGGCCCCGCCGUGCCCUGCUCCAGGCCAGGCCUUCAGCAUGUUGGCCCCGAGCCCCGGUGCUGUCCAGACCCUUCUCCCCCAAGCCCUGCCCUGCCAAAUGUGAAACUCUGCCAACUCACCCUGGCUCCCCACAGGAGCAUAAAAGAUUGCUGGGGUCUACAGUGGCAUGGCAUGAUCUGUCCCCCAGCUGGUCCUGGGAUGGCUAUGCAGGAGGUACACUCAGUAUUCUGCCUCACCUCCCCAGGGCAGGCCCUAUUCUGGCCUGUCUGUGCCCAACUCUGCUGCGGGAGAUUGGCAGCUACCAAGUCCAGACACCCUGAGCAAGCAGUCGCCAGCCUUGCACUUGGUCUCUGAGGAAGGAGGGACCUUCUCCAGCAGGGGGACAAGGCAAGCCUCCGAGCCAAAACCACAGGCAGGGUCUUGUCCUAGGAGGACUUGUCCUGCCAGCUGGCAGUGGGUAUUCAUGAGGAAUCUGCUCAGCUACCCUCCAGUCCCCUCGGUGACCAUCCACCCCAUGCUACUAGGGAAAUGCUAGCUGGGCUUUCUCCUUCAGGGGUCGGUCCAGUUGCAUUACCUUGAGUUGGACACAGGGCACUGUAGUUGGGGUGGAGAUUCAGGCCAGACUGCUGGGGCAUCCAUGAGACAGACCUUUGGGGACUGUGGUCCCAGCUCUUACCUGCAGAUCCUGCAGGUAGCCCUACUGGAGGGCUCUGUACAACCUUCGGACCCCCAGGGCCUCUUACCCUGCAGCCUAGGAGGGGCCAGGGCAAGGGAACCUGAAGGGCCAGCCCUGGGGACCCACCUUCUGAGAGACAACAGCACCCCAAGAGCAGGAGCAAAUGCCAGAGCACAGGGUCUCGGGCGGGACACAGUGGCCGCCUGCAUACUUGAAUGUACAUGCGUAUUUAUUGCUCACAUGUGUUUGCCAUGUUAUCCACGGGUUCUUUCCAACCCGAGAGGUACGUUUUUGUUUGACCCGAAAAUAAAAAAGUCUGCCAAGUGA